AAAAAAUUGGGUAGCGGGGCAUUUGCGUUCAGCCUCCUGGCCGAAUUCAAUGGGGAACUCGUGUGCAUAAAAAAAGGCUUGAAAACGGAAUAUCUGAAGUAUUUCAACAUAGAAAGGGAGAUAACCCAAAAAGUAAACGGUGCCGGCGGUGCUCCCCUCAUCAUAACGUGGGCCACGGAUGAGCCCAUACUUGUUAUGUCGUUUUGCAAGGGAAGGACGUUCAUUGAUAUACUCAAUCACCCUAAGUUGCUUACCGCGGCCAACAUUAUUCAAAUCUACAUCGCCGUGGCGCGAAGCCUUGACGAAAUUCACGGUCAGGGCGUUGUCCAUAACGAUUUUAAGGAAGAUAAUGUGUUAAUAGAAGAGAACACAGCCGAUGGUAGCUUCACGGCCCACAUCAUCGAUUUUGGGCUUUCUACAUCCGUGGGAGAGUUGACAAAUAUCUCUGGAUCACCAAGUGAUUUUCCCUUUUAUGCCCCAGAGAUCCUUGCUGGUCACCCAUGUCACCCCAAGGCUGAUGUUUUCUCUUUGGGGUUCACCCUUAAUUUUGUUACUGAGACAUUAUUGAGUGACCGACACCUAAAGGCGUGGCCGCCCGGCACCAGACAAUUAUUCUUAGAUAUGCUACAGCAGAACCCAGUAGAUCGGCCUGAUCUCUGUGAAGUUAUUAGACGUUUAGAGUCUUCCCUCCAGCAGCUUUCUUUCCCAACUGUCACUGAAAGGAAGACUGUUGAAAAGGUUGGAGUUGAGGUGUGA